GUGAUCUUUGCACGAGCCGCUCCAUCGCGCUAGGCCCAUUGUAGCACAAGCCCCCGACUUGCGAUGCACCGUUGCGCGUAGGUAUCAACGAUCACGUCCAUCAAAGCACGACAUCAACAUUUCGGAUUAGAGCCAGUGACACACCGCGGUCACUCCGGGCACUGAGCAACUCGCCGCGGACGCGCAGCGCGAAUUAAGGGCGCCCAGAGCGCUCACGACAGCUGUCAUCAUGCCGUCCGCAAUAGACUCUGGCGAUGACCUGCGAAUGGCAAUCAAACAAGUAACAACAUAGACAUGAACGCCACGGAUUUGUAUCUGCUAACACAAGUAAGAUCGCCCAGUCGUCCGUUGGCUCAGAUUACAUCGACCAGUUGAUUCCCAUUAUGAAAGAUGCGCGCUAUUCGAACCAACUGCAAUUAGCCUUCGACCAUUUCUCAAAUGACAGAGAAUCAGAAAUAGAGCGGAUAUGUAAUGCAAACCACCAGGAUUUUGUCGCGUCGGUUGAUUCUAUGCUCCGUAUCCGAGACCAGACAGUGCAAAUGAGUGGAGAGAUUCUGCAAUUGAACGAGUCGAUUCAAGAGAGCAUCGAGAAAUUGGCCACUCAGAAAAAAGCCUUGGUCGACUCUCGCAGUGUAAGGCAAAAUAUCAACGAAGCGACGCAGGCCCUGAAUGCGUGUCUGAAUGUCUUGAGGAUAGCCAACCAGGUUCAAGAUAUGUUGCGAGAAAAGAACUACUACGCAGCUUUACGUGCGCUGGAUGAGCUGCAGACUGUUCAUCUCAAGGAAAUUGGUCGUUUCAAAAUUGCAAACUUGAUCGAGAAGUCAGUACCGCAGACCCAAGAACAGAUACGAGAAGCAGUCAAGACAGACCUAAGUACCUGGCUCUAUCGUAUCAGAGAGUCGUCUCAGUUUCUCGGAGAGGUAUCCUUCUUUUACACCGACGAACGGAGAAGACGCAACUUAGAGCGAGCCGAGGUCGACUCACGAUUUGGAAGGUUUAAACUUAACUCGGCGAUCGAGCUGGUAGCUGAUGAGACGGACGAGUUUGAUAUCCUCAACAACGAAGAAGCCGGGAAUGAAACCGACUUUUCGCCGCUAUUUCUAGCCAUCCACAUCAACGAGACGCUGGGCAAGAGCGACCAGUUUAAAGCCGAGUACGCUGCAGAUCGUCGCACGCAGAAAGACCUGAUCAUUCCAAGCAAACUCAAUCUGCUCCAGGACGAGUGUGAUGAUCUCAGCAGUUUUCUAGAGAGCAUUGCGGGAUUUGCGAUCGUCGAGAAGGCUACCAUUGCGAAGACGGUCAACUUGAGACAGCAGGCUGAUGUUGAUGAACUCUGGGACUCGAUGUGUCAGAGUGCUGUGAAGCUUAUUUCGGACUCUCUGCCCACAGUAGAAAGUGACGAGCUACUCUUGAAGAUCAAGGGUCGAAUAGCACUUUUCAUGCUUACGAUGGAGAAAAUAGGCUACUCGGUCGCAGCGAUGAAUGACCUGCUGUUAACGCUGUUCUCUAAAUACUCGGAGCUUCUGAAGCAGCGCUUUAGUGACGAUUUCAUGGAGAUAGUCCAAACCGACGACUACAUGCCAAUGCCGAUCAACAGCUACGAAGAGUACGAUAAAGUGGUCUCUGUAAGCUGGUAUACGCCAGAUAAGAGCCGCGAAGAACUCACGUUCCCCUGUGUCCUUCCAUUCUCUCAGAUGUACCCGCUCUGCUGCAUCGACAUUCGGAACUUCCUCAACCAGAUUUAUCUCUUCUCGGACGACUACUUCCAGAAAUCUACUGUCAUCGACGAGACUCUCCGCACAUCCCUAGAUGACCUCCUUUGCCAGAAGGUGUGCCAGUCGCUCAUCGACCGCCUGUCUUCGCAAUACCCCGGCCAGAUUGUGCAGAUCCUCACCAACCUUGAGCACUUCGAAACCGCCUGCGUCGAGCUGCAAGACCUGCUCUUCCAAGCGCGCAGCUCACCCUCGUCCAGCACACCAAUUAUCCUUACAGCGACAGAGAAAUUCAAAACUGCCAAACGCCAAGCCAGCGACCGCAUCUUCGAGCUCGUCAAUUCCAAGAUCGAUGACCUCAUCGAGACCGCCGAGUACGACUGGAUGGCCACCAAGCCCGCCUCACAGCCCAGCGAGUACAUGCUCGAACUUACCCGCUACCUGUCCAACAUCAUGAGCAGCGUGCUUCUCGCCCUCCCCACCGAUGUCAAGGAAUUCAUCUACUUCGACGCUCUCUCACAUGCCUCCACCGCCAUCCUCGCCCUGACCCUCGACGAGGGCGUCAAACGCGUCACGCCGCCCGCGGUUGCCAGUCUCGCCCUCGACACACAGUACCUCGUGCAGUUUGUCGAGAGCCUGGGCAACCCCAUACUGAUGGAGAAUCUGGAUGAGCUGACGCAGACGGUGGCGCUCAUGGGCACCGAUGACAGCCUCGAGUUUUACGAUAUCAGUCAGCGCAACAAGAAGUAUGGAAAGGUGGAUCAGCUUAAGGGCGCGAUUUUACUGGAGAAGUGUCAGGAGGGAGCGCAGGUUGCGGCGCAGAGCCCCACAAAGAGUGCGCCGAGUGAGCGGUUUGGCACGUUGGGUAGCCGGUUUGGGCUGGGGAGGAACUAGGGCUGAGGAAGCAAGGGCCUGCAGUGUUCUAGUACCAGCUU